AUGGGGUGCUCCUAGCCCGGCCCAACACUGGAGCGGCUCCUGCUCUGAACGCCAGAAGCAGCUCGGGUCUCUCCAGCGCCCCUUGACCAUGGCUGCGGUACCCACGGCGUCCGCUUCCCUGCGCUCCCGGGGUCCCCGCCACAGCCGCAGCCGCUGCAGCCUCUGAGCCCCAGGGGCCACUGCUCGCCUGGAUUCCGCCCGCAGCCGCCGCUGCUGUGCAACCGAGGCUAACCUGCGGCUAGCCAGGAGGCUCCUGCAACCUUAGUUCGCGGCGAUGACAGCCACCCCAGAGCAGCGGGCUGUGUUCGGACAAUUUGAGAAUGCAAUUGUUGGUUUCGCGGUCCACCCGUCCCGCUUCGCUUGCCAUCACAGCACGCCUGUUGGAUCUCAGUGGAGAAGUCCCGCUGCUCUGGUUUUUCUACUCUCCGUAUAGACUCGCCUAACACCUACAUACAUAAUUUUCUUAAAAAAAAAAAAACAUUAAAUAUAACUAACAGUGAAAAGAAAAAGGAGAGAAAGAAGGGAAACAAUACAGGGUUACUAUGCACUUGCGACUGAUUUCUUGUUUUUUUAUCAUUUUGAACUUUAUGGAAUACAUUGGCAGCCAAAACGCCUCCCGAGGAAGGCGCCAGCGAAGAAUGCAUCCUAAUGUCAGUCAAGGCUGCCAAGGAGGCUGUGCAACGUGUUCAGAUUACAAUGGAUGUUUGUCAUGUAAGCCCAGACUAUUUUUUGUUCUGGAAAGAAUUGGCAUGAAGCAGAUAGGAGUGUGUCUCUCUUCGUGUCCAAGUGGAUAUUAUGGAACUCGAUAUCCAGAUAUAAAUAAGUGUACAAAAUGCAAAGUUGACUGUGAUACCUGUUUCAACAAAAAUUUCUGCACAAAGUGUAAAAGUGGAUUUUACUUACACCUUGGAAAGUGCCUUGACAGUUGCCCAGAAGGGUUAGAAGCCAACAACCAUACUAUGGAAUGUGUCAGUAUUGUACACUGUGAGGCCAGUGAAUGGAGUCCAUGGAGUCCAUGCAUGAAGAAAGGAAAAACGUGUGGCUUCAAAAGGGGGACUGAAACACGGGUCCGAGAUAUACUACAGCAUCCUUCAGCCAAGGGUAACCUGUGCCCCCCAACCAGCGAGACAAGAACAUGUACAGUCCAAAGAAAGAAGUGUUCAAAGGGAGAACGAGGUACGGACUCACUGACACAACAUUCUUCUUUGAAUCCUCCCAGAUUGAUCCAUAUUUCACGUUAUAUCUUAUGGAAUAGUUGGCCAUAUUCCUAA